AUGUCUUAUGCAUUAGCAAGAGAUUUGGGAUUCAAAUAUUUUAAAGAUCCUGAGGCAAAGAUGGAGUUCGCGGAGCUGUCAUGUGUGGAGCCCUAUGGAGUUUUAGAGAAUGUUAUGCUGGAGAUAGGAGGUCGCCUAGUCCCUACUGAUUUCCAAAUCAUGGUAUGGGAAGGAUCCAAGAGGAACCAGCUGCUACUUGGAGCCCCAUUCUUAGCCACAGCCGGUGCAGUCAUAGACUUCAUGAGAAACCGCAUGUCACUAGGAAAUAUCCAACAAGAUGUUUUCUAUCAAAGCAUCGACUUCAAGACUGCACCAAGAGCGAUCAAGCUGCCACCAGAGAAGACUUCUAACACGCCACAGAAAGGAGCCAUGAUGCCUAAAGAUCCCAAGAAGAGUGAGCCCUAUCCAAAACCGAAGGUGGUCAUGAAACCAUCAAUGCUGAAACAUAAAGAUGUCUUCAAGGAUAUCAACUCGGUUUUGCUCCCUACCUUGGACGAAUAUGGAGCUAAUGAGAAGCCUUAUUAG